GAGUGACGUCAUUUUUCUCACAAACACACCUGUCUUUAUAUUCCGCUGAAGCAAAGCCUGCCUCCCUGUUCAGAAAUGUCAGAACAGAAUUGAAGGAUCAUUUUUCAUUGCGACGGAAUUGCCCAGGUAAUCACUAUAUCUGAAUACUGACGUGAAUCAGAAGGGACAUUUCUAAAGCAUUAUGGACCAGAUUGCAAAAUUUUUUAAACAGGCCAUGUUUUCUGGUCUUUUGGACUACAUGUACAUUGAGACUAAUUCAAGCGAAACCAAUCAGACCAUCAAUUUGGAUGAAAUAGACAGUCUUGACUCUUAUUAUAGUGCUUCGGAGUUUAAUCUGAAUAUGACUAACCGCACUAUCAUUAAAAGCAAAAAUAUAACAGAUCAGGACUUAUGGAAAGAAGAUAUGAAGUUUGCUGUAGAUUUCUUACUGUUGCUGCUCCUGAUUCUCAUCAUGUUGGCGAUGGGCUGUGAAAUUACGAUACAACAGCUAUGGCACCACAUUAGAAGACCCAUUGGACUAACUAUCGGAAUCGUCAGUCAGUUCGGAAUCAAACCAGUUGCUGCAUUUGCUGUGCUUUUAGCCUCUGGGGUGGAAGGACUGCAUGCCACGGGAGUGCUCAUUAUAUCGUGCUGCCCCGGAGGUGUACUUUCUAACACUUUCACUUACUUCAGCGAUGGGGAUUUGCCUUUGAGCGUGGCCAUGACAACAGCUUCCACAAUUAUGGCUAUGGGAAUGCUUCCAGCAAAUAUCUGGCUUUACGGAAGAUAUUUCGAAUCCGUUAAUCUAGUUAUACCAUACCAAAAAAUGGCUUUUUCACUAUGCAUCGUAACAUCGCCAAUAGCAGUGGGAAUGUUAAUGAAGUGGAAACUGCCGCGUGUUGCUAAAUGGACUACAAAAAUCGGUACAUACACUGGACUCCUGCUGAUGUUCGCUAGCGUUAUAAUUGAGAUCGUUAUUUUCCCCAACAUGUUUACCGGUGUGCCGCUAAAGCUGUACGCUAUUAUCCUUGCACUGCCUGGCAUAGGAUUAGGGCUAGGCUAUGUCAUUGCUGCGAUUAUGAAACAGAAGGUGCCGGUCUGCAAAACUAUAGCGAUUGAGUGUGGCGUACAGAAUUUCCCAUUAGCUUUAACCAUCAUUGCUUUGUCGUUUCCGAUGGAAAUGCAAGGCGACAUCGUCUUACUCCCCUGGCUUUACGGCUUUGCCAUGAUUGUUGGGUGUAGUAUUCUGUGUGGCAUCUAUCAACUAUACAAAAGAUAUCAGAAAAGGAAGGAAAUUAAUGGAAAGAAUGUAAAUGGCCUCAAAGAAGGUUUGGAUGAACCUGAAAAAGAGGAUCUGAUGCAAUCAAAUGGCAAACACCUUCCAAUGAAACUCUGCACAGUUAAGCUGACCGAACCUGAAAAAGAAGGCCUCAUGAAGUCGAAUGGAGUGAGCGUUCAGAUUAAACCUGGUGCGAUUAAACAAAAUGGCGUCCACAAAGCUCCAGUGUGAUUGUUGCUGAAGCUACAGAUGAAAAAUACCUCAUAAACUUCAGAUCAUUUUGUUCCAGAACCGGAAGACGAUUAUAUUUCUAAGUUUUUAAGAAAUAUGGAUCUCUUUCAGAUGGGGAUUUUUAUUUGGCUUUUAUAAAGUCGCUGGCUGUACUUGGAAACUGAACUAUUUUGGUCAAUCCAGCUUCCAAAGAUAAUCAAAAUGGUAAAUGGUCAAAUAGCUAGAUUUCUGUGGACAGAUAUGAAUUUGUCAUCAGUAGAUAUUUUACGUGAUACAUUUUAAUAGAUGAAACAAUUAGUUGGUGUAAAUAACAGCGUAGUUUUUAUGCUUGUAGAUUUGAUUGUAUAUAUUUAUGUAAAUAUAUAGCCAAUAUAAACUAAAAUGACAUAAAAUAAAUAAAAUUACAAAAAAAAAACGCAUUUUCCUUGAUACUUCUUGAAGUUAGAUUUUUAGUCAAGUAUGAACUUCUUAUAAUUGGCACUUGAAGAAGUUAGGAAUUUUUUAUUAAAUAAUUCGUAACUUUAGUAGCAAAAUAAAAAUAAUAAGGAAGGAACUUCAGUUUCUAGGUGAACAAAUAAAUAUUUAAAUAACUUUUUAAAAAAUAUUUAUAUAUAAAUGUGUUUAGUAUGAAGAAGUGAAGACAUUUCGGGAAAGAAGCUUUUCAGCUUUCUAAUGAUUUUUAAAAUUAAAAGAUAUCUGUUUGGGAUAUUUUUUAAACAAGAUAUAAAUUAUUCUAGAUCAUGAUCAAUUUAUAAAUAUUGCAUGUGAAAGUUUUGUGAUGAAGUCAUAUCACCGGUGAAUGUAAAAUCAUAAAAAGAAGGCAGUAAAAUUAUGACUAAGCAUUUUAUUACUUCUGAGUACGUAAAAUAUCAGUACUUAGAAAAUUCCCUACAUUAUAAAUGAGUGAUUUGGCAUUUCUCAAAAUCGCGAAGAUCGUCAGGAACAGCCAGUAAAGUUGGAGCAGUAGGUGGUACGAUCAUUUCUCUUUGAAAGUCAUGGAUAAAAUAAUUUAUUGUCACAAGUCAAAUUAUUUUGAGAUAUAUCAUUUUUUCAAUAUGACAUUCAUUGUUCUUAGACGUUGCCGAAACAGAAAAAAUCUAGAUUGUUCCUUGAGAAAAUGAGUAAAUUGUCUCACUUCUGCACUACGGCAGUUUUUACAAUGUUUUUGUUUCAUUAAGCAUUCAAUUUGAACAUUGACAACUGUGAUAAAUAAUAAAAAUCCGCAUGAAUGUAUAUAAUGUUAAAUUCUUACGAUACGGCAAUCGUCCCCGAAUUAUGAAUCGCUGGCUAGUUUAUGAUAAUACAUGCCAAGUAUUUUGAAAGUAUAUGUAUCUUUCCAUGAUUUGAAAAAGAGAAAUGGGCUUGAAAUUUUCAACAAGCCACAAGGAUCAUCAUAAUAAUAAAAAAAAAAUCACAAUAUAUAAACAAGCGAAUCAUGUCGAGUGGCAAAAAAAUGAAGAACCAAUACAAAUGCAUUUUCAAAGCACGGUUGACGUAUUAAAAAUUUUAUCUAUUUUGUCGCUUGCUACUUCAAUCAGCGGGUUCGUUUAACGCUUGUUUUCAUACAGUAUUUCAAACGUCGCUUCUCCUUUUGACUAUGAACUUUAAAUUCUGUUUUUACACAUUAGCUUCGAAACGGCCUAUUAUCAUUAUAUAGUAGUAAAUGGCCUAUUAUUUGUGUUAAUAUUAUUAUAUUUAACAAUAAUUGUUUUCAUUUCCAAAAAUUUCUUUUAUAAUUCAUAAAACUUCUUAUUUGUUUGGGGAAAGCUUAUUGCGCCAAAAAUAAAAUGGGUUGUUAAAGACUCGCUUUCUAAAACAUGAGUUACAAUAGUUAAAAGUUUGAGAACUCCUGGGAUAGCUUAAUAUAGAUAACCUUUGACGAUUCUUAAUCUAAAUGGAACUCUAAAGUAAAAUAUAGUUUUUAGUGAGUGUUUAAUAAUCGUAUUUUAAUCCAUUUUAAACACAUGUAAUAGGUUGAUUGUUUAAUUUCGAUAUACACAAAAAACAUUAUUUUCAAUACUUACGGAAAAUUUUACAGAAAAAUAUUAGUAAUAUAGUUAUUUCAACGUGAUUUUUCCAAUCGUAGCUCAAUUUCGAUCAUUUAUAUUAUUAACAUUAUUACUUAUUUAUUAGUUAGUGCAAAAUUUGCAAAAAGGAGCAUGAAACAUCAAUAGCAUGCAUGCAAGAAUGCAUUUAACAUCAUUAGAGCAUGUGCGUAUACAAAAAUGACAAAAUAAUGGGAAAGACUGUUGUAAAAUAUAGUUUAAAAUAUUUGGAAAUGUGUUAAAAUUAGAAAAAAUUAUUGUAUGGAAACGACAUUGAAUCAUUGAAUAAUUAAUUUUAUGAAGUUCAAAGUCAUGUAAAAAUGAUAUUGGGACACAAUAUAUUCAGAAAUUAUUGAGGAAAAUAGUUAUAAUUUCGAUUAAUUAUUAAUUAAAAGUCUAAUAAAAUUUUAUAAAAUAUUUUCUUAGGGAGUAUUUAAUAUCCAAGAAAUACCUACAUGACAAAUUUGAUAGUUCUAGGUUCAAUGGUUUAUUCUACAAUGCAUUUUAAACAUUUUUUUAUCAUGCAUAUCGACAUCAUUCAAUUAACAAAUUUAUAAACAUCAUCAUGUUAAAGAACGAAAUAAAUUGUGCCAUUAUAAGAUAAAUGUAAAUUUUUAUAAGUUCUUUAUAUAAACCUCUUUGUGCUUAUAUAAUAUAUAUUCAUACUUAUUUUCAUGUCUGUACUUUCUAGGAAACAGCAUUUUUGCCUUUGUAAUAUAUUUACUCU